CUUUGGCACAACGGCUUCUUCACUGCGCAGGAAACAUGACUAAACAUGUAUGGCUAUCAUUUGUGGUUAUUUGGAGUUCAACUUUAAAUAUCGCCGUGGCCGAGGAUGAGCCCCACUACCAGUUCCCCGACGUGGAACACCACCCCUGCAACAGGGUGUGUGUAGAGGGGGAGCCGAUGACGUGUAUUUACAAGUUUACUGUGGAGAAGUACUUCGCCAUGAGCAAGGCGUGUUACGAUUGUCCUAGGAAUGUAACUGAUUGCUACAGACCGGACUGCGUGUCGCUGGACGGGGUCGCUAGACCGAUCACCACCGUCAACAGAAAAAUACCAGGACCUAGUGUGGAGGUAUGUCUGGGUGACAAGAUUGUAGUGGACGUGGAGAACAACAUGGCUGACGAGUCUACUAGUAUCCAUUGGCACGGACAUCACCAGGUCCGGUCACCGUACAUGGACGGCGUACCAUACGUCACUCAGUGUCCCAUUAACCCUAUCUCAGCGUUCCGGUACACCAUGAACGCCGACAACCCGGGAACACUCUUCUGGCACGCGCACACUGGGGUCCAACGGGCUGACGGUGUUUUCGGAGCCUUCAUCGUCCGGGUUCCUGACUCUGUGAACAUCCACAGAAAUCUGUACAACGAGGACCUCUCUGAACACGUCAUGAUAGUCUACGACUGGACGCACCAGUCCAGUAUGGACAAAUAUGUGUCACACGUUCAGGGCACUGGCACCAAUAAGGGAGACGUUUUUCUGGUCAAUGGACAAGGAAGAUGGUACAAAAACUCCAAAAAUUUGACCAACACUCCUGUUGCGGUAUUCAAAGUUCAGAAGGGAACGAGGUACAGAUUCCGACUGAUCAAUUCUGGUGUUAUGAACUGUCCUGUGGAGAUGUACAUAGACAAACACAAUGUCACCUACAUAGCGACUGACGGCUAUGACUUCGAUCCUGUCGUUGCGGACUCGCUAGUGUCGUACGCUGGCGAGAGGUGGGACUUUGUGUUGAACGCGGACCAAGAGGUGGCCAACUACUGGAUCCGCUUCACUGGGCUCAUGGAUUGUGAUGACAGAUUCACCAGCGCUCACCAAGUGGCGGUGUUGCACUACGAUGGUGCCCCUGAGGUGGAGCCCACCGAGCCCGUGGGGUACGGCCUGCACCCCAAAUAUACCAUGCGACUUAACCCCUUAAACGUGAAGAUCACUGAGCCCAACACCAUCAGUGUUCCCAACCUGCAGGCCGCCAACAAGACGCAGGACAGAGUUCUGGUGAGUGAGAAGCCGGACAUCCAGGUGGUGCUCUCCUAUGACUUCAACCCUGUAGAUCAUCCCGCCUACCACAAGGGGGGCUACCGCUUCAAAGAAGUCAACUCCACAUACAGAAGAUACACCCCUCAGUUCAAUUUCGUCACGUUCAAGUGGCCCCACGUUCCUCUGUUGUCCCAGUACAAAGACGUUCCUCAGGACUUGUUGUGUUCCUCCCAGGAUCUCUCCCACUGUAGGAGUGAGUACUGCGAGUGUGCUAACAUCAUCAACGUGCCUCUCAACAGUAACGUCGAGCUCAUCCUCAUCGACAAAGGCCAAACCUACAAUGCCAACCACCCAUUUCACCUCCACGGCUACGCGUUCCGCGUGGUUGGGAUGGACCGACUGGGAAAUCAAACCAAGGUACACGUUGUCAAGAGUCUGGACGAGAAGAAGAAGUUGGUGAGGAAUCUGGAUAACCCUCCGUAUAAAGACACCGUCACUGUGCCUGACGGAGGCUACACUAUACUGCGGUUCCACGCAAACAAUCCAGGAUACUGGUUGUUCCAUUGCCACAUCGAGUACCACGUAGAAGAGGGGAUGGCUGUAGCUUUCAAAAUAGGAGAACAUGAAGAAUUCCCUCUUCCACCGGUUGACUUUCCAGUAUGUAGAGACUUCCUUAACGACGGGACUAUAAGGGUGGAAGAAGUCAAAGACUCUAAAAAGGACGAAGAAGCCAAACCACCUAAUAAGGAAGAUCCAACUAAAGAUGACAAAAAAGUGGAAGAACGUAAAGGCACGGAAUUCUUGAACACCCUUGAUGACAUUUUGAAGGCGGGUGAUUUACCCAUAGCGCCCAUAACGUUGGGAGACAUAGCUAAAGACACAAAAAUAGUUGAAACAUUGAAUGAUCUUAAAACAUCCGGAGAAACAUCCGUAGGCCCCCAGAGUGCAGACGCAGCAAAGGAACAAAAAAAGACGGAUGGAGCAGCAACAGUCCCUAAGGCAGUGGGAACAAAAAAUACCUAAGGGAAUAAAAUUAGAUUGGCAUCUUAUUAAAAUUAUACAUUGUGAAAAGGAAUAAACGAUUUGGUUUCUACCCAGAAAAA